UCCAAUCUCGUGUUCGCCCGUAAAUGUUCAGAUAUUUCACGGGAGAUAUAAAUGGAAUUAUUUGUGGCCACAGAAAAAUAAAAACAAGCAUUUUGUAUCUCGUUAAAUCAAUUCUACCAGACAACAUCUAACGUUGAAAUUUUGCAUUUUGCUAAAAGGAACAUUGAUUUUUUUAUGGGUUAGCUUUAUUUAACGAAAUAUUCGAUAUUUUUGAGCGUGAUUGUUACUUUAAACCUGUAGUGAAAUUAUACCUGUACAUACGUAUAUCUAAAAAUAGAUACGUUAAAGGUAUUUUGAAACAGUAUAGCAUUGAGCAAAUUUUGUUGUGGAUUUUGUUUGGAUGGAGAACACUGCGAACUUAGAUCGGACCAUCGUCCAGCAAGAAAACGUCAAUUUACUUCGUGAAAUCCGGGAACUUUGUAAUAGAAAUAACCCGGAAGUGGUAUUUCUUAUUGGCGGUCCAGGCGUAGGAAAAAGUGCAAUGGUGAACACUAUCAACAAAGCUCUAUGUGGAACAUACUACGAGAAAGCUAAACCGAAUACACGCACAUUCGAACGGUUUAAAAACUGUGGCAUUCAGGAGAAUGAACUACAGGGUGUACAAAAGUACGCGUUUUCAACGUGCCUACAUAUUUUGCCCAGCAUCAUUGAUUCUGCUGGAAACAUUGACGAAAAUACAUUGGCAUUGCAAGAAAUAAUGGAGUUGGUGAUUGGAGGGUUAAUCCCUAAAGGCACAUCCCUUGAAUAUCUUCGGGAUAAACAGAAAAAAAGAUCACCUGGUUUUCUGAGCAGAACAUACAAGACAUGUGACGAGGAAUGGAAGGUAACAAAGAUCGUGUUCGUCGUAAGCUGCACGCAGCCUCUUCCAACUCAGCUGAUACAAUGUCUCAAAGACGCUCUCGGAGCAUAUAAUAGGAGAACAGGGUUGGCAAAAUUCAAUAUCAACGUCUUUGUUGCCAUCACCAAAUACGAUUUAGUGGCGGAACAAGGAAUAUUUUCUACCUUAGACCUACAGGGACAAAUAACCAUGGAACAGUUUGAGGAACACGAACGCAAGGUGGCAGAGCAUUUCGGGAUCUUCGAGCACAACAGCAUCCGCUGGGUGAGCUACGUGGAUGGUCACAAUGCAGACAACCCAUUCAUCGAGAACAUCGCUCUGAAGUUUGUGAGGCAGAUGAUGCCCCGUCGUGCUCCUAAAAAAGCCGAGAGUACCUUUGGUGAAGAUAUUGCAGGUUGGCUUCUUGUAGCUGCACUUGUGAGCAUGGCCUGGCAUUUUUUCAAGCGUUCAUAACCUGUUUAAAUAAAAUGACGGUUUUCGCCAAAAGGUGAGACAUUGCGCAUAAUUUUGACUUCUUAAAUGCUACAACAUGUUGUUUUGACCAACACAAGUGUGUAUUAUUUUCUUGAGAAAUUGUUUAUUUUGUUAAGAGAAUCAUUCUGUGCCUAAUAGUUAUGCAGUUAUGUGACUUUGGUCAAUAUCCGAUUAUUAAGAUCUGAUCUUAGAACGUAUAAUAUUAAGUUACAAUUAUAUUUGAAUGUGCGAUGUUUUGAGAAAAAAAAUUAUUUUGAACGAUUUCGAAUAAAUUUGCAUGCGAAAAAUGUUCACGUUUGGGCGCCCCUAAACCUCAAAUCCCCAGUGCUAUGCUUAGCAUUCAUCGUUCUCAUGAAGUGACCCCAGUUUUAUUUGUUAGUGUUUGUGUGUGUCAAGUUUUUUUAUUUCCUUAAAUAAAGCAAAUUGGAGUGAUGAUAAGAAAAACUAUUGAUGCAAUUGGACUAAGGCUGUCCUUGUGAACGUUAAACCGUAGCGUAGUAAUGGGAUAUGAUUGAGACCAUGUGUGUUCACUAAAUCCUUACAUUUUAUUGUAUUAUUACUUUUUAUUACAUUAAAAAGGUGAUGUCUGUUAUUAACAUAUAAUUGUCCAACAUGCAAUAUACGAUGCAAUGAGGUAUUAUAAAAUUAAAUUGAGAGAUCGAUUUACGUUUAGAUCACGAUAACAAAGGUAGUAUAUGUUCAUAAAAUGCCAGUUUGACAUAUAUUUGUUUAAUACAGUUUAAUAAAGCAUGAGUUCUGUU